AUGAGUUCGGCAAAGACGCUCGUGAGCAUCGCCAGCAUUGGCAGCGGCAUCGCUGUCGUCGCUUGCGUGUUGACCGUUGGAUACAUCUUCAACGACAUCAACUCGUUCUAUGAUGACGUCAUCGAUACGAUGGCUGAGUUCAAGCACAAUGAGCAGGGAGCGUGGAACUCGAUGGUCAAGUCGAACGACAUCUUCGGAAGAAUCAAGCGCGGAAUCAACAAGCGUCAGGCGCAAUGCAACUGCGGAGCGCAGGCGAACGGAUGCCCACCGGGACCACCGGGACCACCAGGACAGCCGGGACAUCAAGGAGAGCCGGGACAUCCGGGAGAGCCAGGAAAGCCGGGAGCCAAUGGAGUGACGAUCGGACUCACCGGCGGCAACGGACCGUGCAUCACGUGCCCAGCCGGAGCGCCAGGACCACAGGGACCAGCUGGACCAGCCGGACCAAAGGGACCCGACGGACAGCCGGGAGCGCCAGCCAUCGGCGGAGGACAAGGACCACCAGGACCACCAGGACCAGCUGGAGACGCCGGAGCGCCGGGAGCGCCAGGAAACCCGGGAGCGCCAGGAAACCCAGGAGCGCCAGGACAACGCAGCCGCGGACUCCCGGGACCAGCCGGAGCCCCAGGACCACAAGGAGCCCCAGGACAGCCGGGAGCGCCAGGAAACGGCGGAGGGUAG